AUGGAGGUGAUGGAGGGUUGUGCCUGCAAUGUCUCGCCAGCAUCAUUUUGGGGUGGGCAGAGGUGCCUUCACCCAAAUCGUGUGGGUCAUCAACUUGCGGUGGUGGAAUGGUGGGUUGCGAUGAUGAUGCUGAUGGUGAAGGUGGGGCUGUUGGGUAAACAGAUGUCUGUGAUAGAAGUCCUGCACCACCUGAGGCACAAUGAUGGAUGGACACUGGCAGAAUGUGUCCCACCCAUGUUCCACAAUCAUGCUCGUGAUAAGGUUUCUGCGUUGGCAGUUACCUCAGAAGUCUCUAAGGCCAGAGUGCCUCGCUCCAUCUCUUCUUCGUUCAUCACUGCCUCUAGCACCACCACCUCUUCAUUCACCACCACUGCCACCUCCUUCAUCGACAAUGGUUGGUUUAUAACCCCUGCCUCGGGUAGUCCAUCUCAUUGCUCCAGAUUGCUCAGAAUGUUGCCAAACACCUCAGUGUCAUCACGUCGUUUCUUCUCGCUCUCGGUUGAGACAGCUGGGGUUGGAAUUGGAGUACUUUCAGUGCUUUGCCCCCUCUUGAACAGAGGAGGUCGAAAGGACAAUGGGUUUCUCUGGUCAGAUAAAGGGGUUGAUGGUGAGGUAGCUUGGUUGGAAGCUUGGUCAGCCAUGGACGAUAAGCUCGGGAGAACUGGAAAAUCGUUGGGAUGCUGGGGGAAGAAGAAAGCUAUGUAUGCUGGCGCUAAGAUUUUUCAGAGUGCAAAUGUGAUAAAGAUUAACGCAUUGUGCUUCACCAACGCAAAUGCAUUUUCACUGAGGACGGGCAACAACGCAUAUAUCCCCGCAACACAGCCCUUAACCAAACGCAUUUCUGGAGGAUACCUCAACAUAGUGCAUUUAGCUAGGACGGAAAUUGGAAUUUCAUCAACCGACCUGUUGAUAAUUCGAAUUAUGGCAAUCAGGAAGAAGAAUCACGUUCUCACUUGUCAAUUCUUGUUACUUUUGUUGCCACUGCCGCCGCCGCCGCCGGCCGCCGCGCAGGAGACCGGAGCUGGAACCAUACCGGUAUCAUCGGAGCCGGAGGUUAGUAAAAACAUGGCGAUUGCAUUCGUUUCGCUGAUUUCCGCCUUCUUUAUACUUGGCAUCGUUUCCAUUUACACGCGCCGCUGCAGAGAGAGGAGGUUAAGAGAUGUUGGCAUCGGAAUAGGUGGCGGCGGUGGCGUGCCGUGGAGGCCGUCGCGUGGACUUGAUCAGGCAUUCAUUGCAACAUUUCCAACUUUUGUGUACUCGACGGUGAAAGGGCUGAAAAUCGGGAAAAGCUCACUGGAAUGCGCCGUUUGUUUGAAUGAAUUUGAAAAUAGCGAUAUGUUGCGAUUGAUCCCAAAGUGUAGCCAUGUUUUUCACUCGGAUUGUGUUGAUGCUUGGUUAGUUUCACACUCGACUUGCCCUGUUUGCAGAGCUAAUCUCUGUCCUAAACCUGGUGAAGUGACAUUGUCCAUCGUUAAUUUUGAUCCGUCCACCGGCUCAGAAAUAAUCGGAAUCGAACUCCCGCCACCGUCGCUAUCGCCGACGCCGAACCACGUGUCGAUUCCGGUCGUCGAAGACCGCCGUGCCGGGGAAGGAGUGGCAACGGAGACGACAAAUGUGACGAAUCCAAGUCCGAUGGCGAACCGGAGUACUCCGACUCGGUCGAGGUUUGGAUGGCGGUUGAGCGGAAUAUUCCAGCGGUCUAAUUCGACCGGGCAUGAGCGGUUCACUUUGCGAUUGCCGGAGCCUGUUCGGAGUCAGCUAAUGAACUCGACGCUGAACCGGACCAGAAGCUGGGCGGAGUUGCCGAGAGUGCAGAGUUUGCGACGGGGAUAUCGAGGUGGAACCGGAGAAAACGGCGGGUGGAGGAAUUUCCUACAGCGGACGUUUUCGGUGCCGGCUCCUAUCGUCGAAAGGGCUGCCGGAGCCGGGCGGUCUCGGGAUGAGGACUUCGGCGACCGGUCGUUUGCCCGGCUGAGGCCGAGUGGAAAUGGUCCGAGUACGGCGGCGGAUUAGCUUUAGAGUUUUGAGGUUUUGACUGGUCAAGACUCGAGAAUCCAUUUGGUACAUAGUGAUUUUGGGUUUUUUUUUUCUUUUUCCUUUUCUUUUCUUUUUGAAAGUUAAUGAAAUUUGUAAAUAUACAUUUCAAAUUUUUUUAAAAAAUUUACUGUCCGAGUAAAAAAUUAAAAUUAAAAUAACCCUAACAAAUCUUUUUUUUAGUAGAAUAAUUGAGAAAAUGCAUGCUAAAAUUGAACCAGAAGUGAUUAUGUUAUAAAAUUAUAAAUUCAUAAUUGAAAUUGGGACCAAAGAGGUAUCGUUUCUAGUGAUUCGUUAACUUUCUUUUUAUUAAUAUUUGGAAAUGAUAUUCCUUUCACUACUCAUUCAAAUCCAUAAAUCAAUUUUGUCAGGUCUA